CCGCCCUCCAGCUUCUUCCUGCAGCCACAGGCACAGGAAGGCAGUGGUUCAUCUCUGCUCUGGGGCUGCAGAGCCGGUCAGGACCCACCCUCCUCUUGUCCUCCUCACCUCUGAGCUGUGUAGUCGGAAUGAGACCUGCUGAGGCUCAGCUCACCUAGGAAACUGGCGAGAUCUGCAGUGCGGGGUUAAAUCCUGGAGCUGGAAAGCCACAGGAGAGCCAGGCCAACAACUCCGCCUUGAAGAAUGCAGUCCCCAGGGAGGUCUGCCCCGCGCCUGGUGCUCCUGAUUGUGUGCUUGUCUGGGGUGCUGAGCUCACACAAGAAGUUCAUGAAGUUCAAACCUGAUCCUUUGGUGCUAUAUGCAGUGGACCUCGAGGGUGAGGAGCUGCAGAGCCCCAGCUGUGCAGAGGCCCUGAGCAGUUCUGUGGUGGAUGAAUACACUGUGGAUGUCGAGGUCAGCUUUCAGAACGCGUCCUUCCUGGAGUCUCUCAGAGCUCAGCUGGGUAGCCUCAGUUUUCCAAUUCAAGAAAACGACACUGACACAGUGACUUCCAUUCUGAGCAUACAGGUGACAACAGUCUGCACACCCACCAGAAAUGAACUCUGGUGCUCCUGUGAGUCAGGCUAUGAGUGGCCUCAGGAAAGAUGCCUCCACAAUACUGUCUGUCAGGAGCAUGACAGUGUCUCCUCAGGGAACCCCUGCAGCUGCCUGAAAGGACUCCCUCCCCAGGGACCUUUCUGUCAGCUCCCGACAGUUCUUACCUUGAGAAUGAAAGUCAGACUGAAUGUGGGUUUUCAAGAAGACCUCUUGAACAUAUCCUCUGCCCUCUACCGAUCUUACAAGACUGACCUGGAAAGGGCGUUCCAGGAGGGGUACAGGAUUCUACCAGGAUUCAGAUCAGUGGCUGUGACAGAGUUCACCAAUGGCAGUGUGUCUGUGAGCUAUGAGGUCAAGACUACAAUGCUCCCCCCUGGACGAAUCCAGAAGGCCAACGAGCUGGUGCUGCAGACCCUCAACCAGACCUACAAAGCGGACGAGAACUCCUUCCAGGGUGUGAACAAUGAAACCAAGCUAUUGGUCGCCCCAGCAGUCAUCUUUGAAGGGGACACGGUGACCCUGGAGUGUGAAAACGAGGUGCUGUCCUCCAACGUGUCCUGGCUCUACGGAGAAGGGCUCUCCAAACUGUCCCUGCUCAGCAACGACAGCAGACACUCCAUGUACACCACGGUGCAGCUGACUUCCAUAUCGCGCCUCACCAUCAUCAACUUCACCAGGGAAGAUGAGGGACUCUACGCUUGCAAACUGGUACUGGAUAUCUUUGAAUUUGGGACCGAAAAAUACAUCAGAGUGACACCCAUCCAGAUCUUGGCAAACGAAACAGCGGCCGUGAAGUGUGACAACCACCCCGUGUCGCUGAACUGCUGCAGCAAGAACGAAGUGAACUGGACCGCCAUCGAGUGGAGGCAAGAAGGCGACGUGAGCGUGCCAGGACACGAGGACCAGGACCUGGACUUAGGCUGUGGCAGGUAUACCCUACAGGCCAACACGACUCAGUGCCCAGAGACCAUCACCUACACGUGCGAGUUCCUCAGCGGCUACGGAGCCAGGGUCAGCAAGGCCAUAGAAGUGACAUUCACCCCUGUGGGAGAUAAUUCCACCCACAAGGGGGACGUGCACGAGCUCUUGAGGCACACGACGGAAGGCAGUACAAUUCACAGUGCCACCAGCAGCAGCCUAGCAAUCCAGAGAGUCCAGGAGCAGCCAGUCGAAUUAAUAAUAACCCCGGACCCGAUUUCUGUUUCUGAGGGACAAAGUUUUUCUAUAACAUGCACCAGUAAUGUGCGUAACUACGACGAGGUGUACUGGAACACUUCUGCUGGAAUUAAGAUACACAAAAGGUUCUACGCCACAAGGCGUCAUCCAGAAGGAGCCCAGUCGGUGCUGACAGUGGAGACAUCGACCAGGGAGUGGAAUGGAACGUACCACUGCGUAUUCAGAUAUAAGAACACAUACAGUGUGGCCAGCAAAGACGUCACUGUUCACCCACUGCCUCUGGAGCCAAACAUCAUGAUCGACCCUUUGGAAGCCAGCGGUUUGUGCACGGAUUCCCAUCACUUCAGGUGCUGUGUGGAGGAGGACGAGGAUUACAAAGUGAUGUUCCAGAUGGAGUCUUCCUUCUUUCCUGCCGGUGAGACUCAGACUGCUGAGCCCUCAGGUAGAGAGACCGGGAGAGACAGGGUGCGCCAGAGCAGAGCCCACGAGCGUUCAUCGUUUCGCUCUGUGCCCGGGAAGGUCAUCCAGAAGCUGUGCCAGUUCUCAGACAUCUCCCGGAGCCCUGACAGCACCGUGGGUGGGACCAUCACCUACAAAUGCGUGGGUUCCCAGUGGCAGGUGGAGCGGGAGGGCUGUAUCUCCGCCCCCAUCAAUGGCCUGCUCCAGCUGGCAGAGGCUUUGAUCAAGAGCCCCUCUCAGGAUCAGAACCUCCCCACCUACCUGAAGAAUCUUUCCGUCAGCACCGGCCAGGAGGAGCUGGAGAUCCAGUCAUCCCCUGGGAGCCUGGGCGCCAUCAUCAACAUCCUUGACUUGCUCUCCACAGUCCCAUCACAGGUGGACCCAGAGAUGAUGAAGGACAUGCUGGCCACUGUGAACGUCAUCUUGGGCAAGUCCGUGCUAGGUGCCUGGGAGGCCCUGCAGCAGGACCAGACUGGCCAGAGCUCACAGCUGCUGCAUUCAGUGGAGCGGUUUUCCAAAGCCCUGCGGCCAGGGGACGGCGCCUUUGCCUUCCUCCGCCACCCCAACGUGCAGAUGGGGAGCAUGGUCGUAAAACCCGGGAAGUCCCAUGUCUACCAGCAGAAUUUUCACUUCCCAGACUCCAACCUCUGGGGCAAUGUGACCAUCGAAAAGCAUCAGCUGGGAAACCUGCAACCAGAGUCAGCAGUGGUCACCAUGGCUUUCCCGACGCUCAAAGCCAUCCUGGCUCAGGAAGCCCAGAAAAAGCCUUUUGCAAACAGUUUAGUGAUGACCACCACCAUCAGCCACAACAUCACUGCGCCAUUCGAGAUCUCCAUGACUUUUAAAAACACCCACGGAGCCGGAGGGCAAAUCAUGUGCGCCUUCUGGAACUUCAGCCUCUCCAACCACUCCGGGGGCUGGGACAGCCGUGGGUGCCGCGUGAACAGCGUGGACAGGGACAGAGUCUCCUGCACCUGUGACCACCUGACUUCCUUCUCCAUCCUCAUGUCCCCGGACUCGCCGGACCGCGGAUCUCUCCUGGAGAUCCUGCUGGAUAUCAUCUCCUACAUCGGCCUGGGCUUCUCCAUCCUGAGCUUGGCGGCCUGCCUCGUCGUGGAAGCGGUGGUGUGGAAAUCCGUGACCAAGAACCGGACGUCCUACAUGCGGCACAUAUGCAUCGUGAACAUCGCCGCCUCGCUUCUGUUCGCCGACGCCUGGUUCAUCGUGGCGGCCGCCAUCCAGGACCAUCACUACCCGCUCAACGACACAGUCUGCGUGGCCGCCACUUUCUUCAUCCACUUCUUCUACCUCAGCGUGUUCUUCUGGAUGCUGACGCUGGGCCUCAUGCUCUUCUAUCGCCUGAUUUUCAUCCUGCACGACACUAGCAAGUCCACUCAGAAGGCCGUCGCCUUCUCUGUCGGCUACGGCUGCCCCCUGGUCAUCUCGGUCAUCACAGUGGCGGCCACCCAGCCGCAGGAGGUCUACACGAGGAAGAACGCCUGCUGGCUCAACUGGGACGACACCAAGGCCCUGCUGGCUUUUGUCAUCCCUGCGCUGAUCAUCGUGGUGGUGAACAUGACCGUCACGGUCGUGGUCAUCACCAAGAUCCUGAGGCCGUCCAUUGGGGACAAACCCCACAAGCAGGAGAAGAACAGCCUGUUUCAGAUCAGCAAGAGCAUCGGGGUCCUCACCCCUCUCCUGGGGCUCACCUGGGGCUUCGGUCUGGCCACCGUGUUCCAGGGCAGCAACGCCGUGUUUCACAUCAUCUUCACCCUGCUCAACGCCUUCCAGGGAUUAUUCAUUCUACUCUUCGGCUGCCUGUGGGAUCAGAAGGUGCAGGAAACACUGCUGAACAAAUUUUCACUGUCCAGGCACUCUUCCCAGCACUCCAAGUCCACAUCUGUGGGUUCAACUACACCUGUGUUCUCCAUGAGUUCUCCAAUAUCGAGAAGAUUUAACAAUCUUUUCGGUAAAACAGGAACCUACAAUGUGUCCACCCCAGAGACAACCAGCUCGUCGGUGGAAAACUCCUCCAGUGCCUAUUCAUUGCUCCACUAAGCACUGAAAACUGCAGCCACCUGUUCUCCUGGGGACAGCGGAUGCCUCUGAGAGACCCGAGCAGAGCCAGGACGCUCUCUGCAGGCGCCUGGGAGCAGACGCUGAUGACUUUGUCACCAGGACGCUUUCUU